AUGACCCUUACUGCCAACUACUCCAGCUCAAUUGCUCGCAGCACCAUAUCUUCUUCCACCUCUUCAACAAAGAAAAUGUCCGUCAAACCCUGUGUCGCCAAGGGCCACCGCGAGUGUGUCCAGGGGUUCCUUCGUGACCGCUGCUGCAAAUGCACCAAGGGCUCCAUCCCCUGCGGCAUGUGCCCCACCGACCCUUCCUCCUCCAACUCUUGUAUCUUCUGCGUCGAUGGUCGCAAGGAGUGCGAUGACUGCUACGGUGCCGGAUUCGUCCAGCGCAUCUGCCGCGACUGCAUCAAGCAACACUACCGCCAGCAGCAGCUCGAGUCCAACACAAACUCGCUCCUCAAGGUGACCGAGCAGUCCAAGACCGUGGUCUCAAACUUGUCCGAGUCCUUUCUCCAGGCGACCGUGGGUUUCGUCAAAGGUGUCCAUUCUCAGGCUGUUUACAGAACUCUUUCUCAUGAUCAGAAGCACCGAUCGGGCAGUUCCGUUUCUCUUCCCGAGUCCAUUGCUUCUUCUGAACACUCGACCGCAUCCGCUCCUUCGCCAUCUUCAUCCAAGGGCGGAUUCUUCAUGAAGCGAUUGAGCCUUGAUCACGAGCGCUCCGCAGCUUCUCCUGCUACAGCCUCCUCUUCUAGCAAGAAGUCUCAUCGCCGCAAGUGGUCCUGGUCUUCCAUCUUGACCGCCGCCUAA